AUGUGGGUGCGAAGAGGUGUCAUCAGUAUCAUUGACUUGAGCAAUGAUUAUUAUCUUGUUGCUUUCUCUCAUGAGGAUGAUAAAAAGGCGGCUAUGGAGAAUGGACCGUGGUUUAUCUACGAUCAUUAUCUCACGGUGAAGGAUUGGAAACCAAAUUUCAAGCCUGAAACUGAGUCAAUUGAUGAGGUAGUGGUUUGGGUCAGAAUCUCAGAUCUCCCAAUCGAAUAUUAUGAUCCACGAGCUUUAGCAUUCUUUGGUGACCGGAUUGGAAAAACAGUUAAGGUGGACAAUACUACUAGAAAACAGGAGAGAGGAAGAUAUGCACGUAUAUGUGUUACAGUGAAUUUGUCCAAACCGCUAGUAGCAAUGCUCAAAGUUCAAGGAUGCUGUUAUAAGAUUGAAUACGAAGGUCUUCAUCUUUUGUGUCUAGCAUGUGGAUGUUAUGGUCAUUAUAAGGAGAACUGUCCAUUAGCCAAUACUGGGAAGAACAAUGAAGGAGGUAAUAGUGGCAUCGGAGGAAGAAACCUGAAGGAAAUCGUCGGAGAUAAAAACCUUGAACAUGGAGGAUCGAGUGUUGAAUCAGGGCCAUGGAGGAUUGUCCAGAAGCAGCGGCGGGGAAAGAAGCUGGGCGACAGCUGGAAGAACAUUGCGCCGGGAAGUUUUAUGGGAAAAAUUAAUGCAGGGGUGUAA